AACCUCCUACAUUCACUCCCAUCAACACUUCCUAUAAACUCCUAAGAUUACAUAGAAAGAGAAGCCAAAGGCAAUAGCAAUUCCAGAUCUCUUCAGUCUUCACUUCAUCCACAAAAAUGUCCACCAAAUUGGGUUACCAGAGACUAAGAAAAGAUCAAGGUGGGUUUGAUGAUGACGAUGAAAAAAUUAGAGGGAGCAGAAUCAACAUCGUGAGGACAUCUAGAAGCUUUUGCAGGUUCAGGUCCUUGGGGAGGGUGAAGAACAAAAGGAGGAGAUUUAUGAGGAUCAAUAUUCCAAGCCUGAGGAGGUUCUUGACCAAGAAAGUGAGGGUGGUCUCUGUGUCAUGUGGUAAGGUGGUGAAGAGAUUGAAGGAGAGUCAGGCUCAUUUUGGGGAUCUUUUUGCUGGCAACUAUAUGUUUGUGCAGGUUAAUCCUUCAUCAUUGAAGAAGUGCAUCCAGAACUAUGAGCUCAGUAUUGGUAGCUUGCCUUCAAGGGUUGCUUUGCCUUCAACAAGAGUGGAUUAAAUGGAGAGCCUUAUCUCACAAAACAGCAUAAGUUAUCAUCUUAUCUGGCUUUUUUUUGUUUCAAUAACUAUGAUCUUUCAUUCAGUAACUAUGAAUCUAUGAAUGAUUUGCAACUAUGUAUACUCAAUAAGAUAGUGGAAAUCCACAUAAUUUCUCUA